CCUGGUGGCGACAAAUCCAUAUUUUCAGGUGUUCGUGAAACGUGAGAUAUCUGAUUAUUCCGCACACGGAGUACACUUGAGUGCUGCAAGGCAAUCAUGACAGCUACUCGGGCUUAAAGGGCGAGUUGCAGUAAGCUACUCUAUGUAAGAUGAACACUGAGGACAAGUUGGAGGGCAUGCUGUUUAAGUGCAGCAGUAGCGGGAUAGACGGCGGCGGCAGAGUCGGGCUGGUGAUGACGCUCGGGGAACGAUCUCUGGCAGACCACCCCUUGUUGGCGGAAGAUGAUGACGACGAGGAUGAGGAUGAAAACUUGACCGUGAGCUCCCUGGUGACUCACGACCUGGUACCUCCCGAGCAGCUGAUGAUGCAGGAAAUGUCCAAGAAUAGUGGAGGAGAUGAUGAAGAUGGAGGAGGAGAGGUGGGGGUGCACUUCCCCUUGAAGCUCACCCAUAAGUUGCCCUGCUUACCUCUGAGCAUUAAGCAAGAAUUAAAAUUGACUGAGCACCCACUACAGAUGAAGAAGGACAAAAAAGUAGUCAAGGACCUGGUUGUGUGUCCCAAGAAGAAGAAAAGGAAACAGCGUUCACCAGCAAAGAUUCUUAGCAUUAAUGAGGACGGUUCAUUUGGCAUCCAAAGCCCCAAGUGCCAUGUUUGUAAUCAUUGUAAUGCAGCGUUCAGAACCAACUACCAUCUACAGAGGCAUGUCUUCAUUCACACAGGCGAGAAACCCUUUCAGUGUAGCCAGUGUGACAUGCGCUUCAUUCAGAAAUACCUUCUCCAGAGACAUGAAAAAAUCCACACCGGCGAGAAGCCUUUCCGCUGCGAUGAGUGCGGUAUGAAGUUCAUCCAGAAGUAUCACAUGGAGAGACACAAACGGACACACAGCGGGGAGAAGCCUUACCAAUGCGACUACUGUCACCAGUACUUCUCCAGAACCGACCGUGUUUUAAAGCACAGAAGAAUGUGCCACGAAAACCGAGAACGAAAGAGCAACAAGGCUGCCAAUAAAAGUGGAUCGCUGCACGAAGCGGAUGCCUUGAGCUCCUUUCUCACCAAAGAGUGCGCCUUACCCAAGAAGAAGCGACAAAAGUGCGCCGAAAACAAAUCCGACAGUUCCUGCUCGUCCACCAGUGGACAAGCGGAAGAUCUCACGGCAACCGUUAAAGAAACUGAAGUGAAAGAGGAGGAGAGACUCACUAAAAGUGAAGCUCUGCCUCUUUUUGCCGUGUCCUCCAAAGUCAAACACGAGUAUGUGAUCGGGGAAUACUCAGUGGAGCUUCCGGAAGAAACCACCAGCCAACAUCGAGAGCAAGACUUAUCCCCCGAGGAGGCAUCGACCCCUAAACUAGUCUUGAAGAAGGUCUCCAAGAGGAGAUUCAAACAGUCUGGCGAACAAGCUCCUUGCUUGGCCACUCUGUCCUCAUUUGAGGAAAACAAUAAAGUCACACAUUAUACCUUUGAAAUCGUGGACAAGCAAAGCCUUUUAGAUGAAGUGACCACCACGGAAGCGGUGGAAACUCCGACAAAGCCUGCAGCCAGCAGCACAAACUACGACGAUGCCAUGCAGUUCCUCAAGAAGAAACGCUACCUUCACGCGGCCAACAGCACUCGCGAUUACGGCCUGAACGCGAGCGGCAUCUCCUCUCAGCCCACCGUUACCCAAACGGCGGUGUCGGCGGUCAUCGACGAAACGGUCCCCGCCACCAUUCUGGAACCUCAGCCCAUUAACACAGAGAUUAAGUCUAUUCAUGAUAGGAACGUGCUGCCCGAUGAGGUUCUUCAGACUCUGUUGGACCACUACUCCAACAAAGCCAAUGGCCAGUCGGAAAUUUCCUUCAGCGUGGCCGAUACCGAGGUGACCUCAAGCAUAUCUAUUAAUUCCUCAGACGUUUCGGACGGCAGCCCCGCUGAGAGCCUCGGCGUCGCCAGCGCUCAGACUCAGCCAUCGAGCGAGAAGGCCAGCCUCUUGCAAGAAUAUUCCAAAUUUCUCCAGCAGGCGUUGGAGAGGACCAGUCAGAACGACAGCUACCUGACGAGCCAGAGCCUCAGCUUGGUGACGGAAAACCCAACCUUAGCCGGGCAGCCGCUGUUCUCCACCGAGAAACAGUUUCCGUCGCCUAGUAGGUUCAAAUCGGGGACCAGUUCCCCGUUGAGAUCCACCAUGGAGAAACCUCACUUUGGACUUCUGGUGGGGGACUCUCAGCACUCAUUUUCAUUUUCGGGCGAUGAAACUACUCCCCCUUCCACGGUGUCCCCCUCUGAUGAGGACUUCCUGGAACAGGUGUCACCUCCCAAAAAGACGGACUCCUCCCCAGCAACACUGCAGACCUUUCAGAUUAGCGCUUUCGAUCCAAACUUCAAGUCUCAUUUCCAGACCUCGAGAUCUGGUACCUCGUCACAGUUCACAGGCGCCAACGGACAAGUAAGUCUGCGAUCGCACGGCACAGACUUCUCCGAGUUUCCUUUAGUGAGAGUCACUGAGAGCAGGUCCCAAUUGAACUCCUCCCCAGACGUUUCAUCAAGCGAAACUUUUGGUUGAAGAAAAGUGUGGUGCGAUCACGACAUUAAUAAUUUCUGCAGCACUUUAUCCCAUUUCACCUGCUUUGCCAAAGCACAUCUCAUUGCAUUUAUAUUCUUUCUUUAGGCCUUUUGGUAAAAAAAAAAAAAAAAUAGACAAAAAAUAUUUUAAUGUGGUAAUUGAGCUCUUGUCAUCCUGGUAAUUGUGAUAAAAUUGGCAGUGCCGCUUUAAAAAUGUUUUAAUUUGCAUUGAGAGAUUACAUUGAUAAAUACAGAAGUACGGACCGGCAGAUGUGGAGUAAAAGUAUUUUGACUGGAAAAUACGUUCGAACAUAGUACUUGCGAUUUUAUUCACACAUUUGUUGAUAAAAUUGCCAGCGCCCUUUUAAAAAAUGUCAUAAUUUGCAUUGAGAGAUUAGGUGAUAAAUACAGAAGCAUGGACCUGCCGAUGAGGAGUAAAAGUAUUUUGACUGAAUUCAUUUGUGAAAACAUUUGAACGUAUUUAAGUACAUUUAAACUUAUUUGCAAAUAUGUUUGAACGUACUGGUACUUAUAGGCUAAAUGCUACAUGUAGCAUUUUUAACAUUAUACCACAAGGUGGUAUUGUGACGUAAAAAUAAAUUAAAAAAACUUUUUUUGUUUAGUAUUUAGUACAUUUGAAAAUUAAGUAAACAUGAUUUAUUUGUAAUGUUAUGUUUUAUUUUAUCUGCAUUUGUUUGUAGCAUUCAGAUUAAGUAUUUGUCAAUCAAAAUAUUUUUACUCGACAGUUGCUACUCCACGCUGCUGUAGAUCAAAAACCUUAAUAAGACAGUUAAAAAAAAAAUGCCAUAUUGGUAUACAUAUUUAUGUUUUUGUCACUUUUGCUUGCACACACACCAGUUUUGGUUUUUGCUGUUGGCUACCUCCCCUAGUUGAUCAUUGAUCAAAAAAGUGAAGAUAAAAAAAAAAAAAAAAACUUUUUUUUUUUUUUUAAAUCCAGCUGUACAACUGCUCACUUGUUGCCUCCUGAGACGACACCAUCACUAUAAUACUGUCACCGAUGUUGCCACUUGAAUCUUGUUGCAUUUUUUGGGGGGCAAGUGAAAACACAAGCCCACCCACAAAAAUUAGAUGUGCCCACAUUUCCCUAGAAGAAACUUGUAGUGAAAUGACUUAAUAGGAUUGUGCUGGACGUCUGCACAAUUUUGCACAUUUUUCACUACAGAAAGAAUGUAGUACUUUGUAUCACGGUGUGGAAAAAUCCUGUACUAAUUGAAAACAUUUUUUUGCAUUAAAUCUUUGAAACGAAGACGAUUCGUCUGUUUGGGGAAACAACCAUGUGAUGGAAGCGCCCCCCUAUGACAAAUUAUAGAAAUAAAGAAUAGUGAUGUUAUAACAUACAAAAAUCUUUUUAGAGCAGACUUUUCCGAAACUAUAUGCUUUUAAAUUUAAUGUUUGAGUGACAGCCCCACCCCCACCCCCCACCCCCGUCAAAUCACUGCUGAGGGGUUUCAAAGUGAUGCUUAAGGUGCUAUUGUGUUAAACACUGACCUUUUAGGCCAUCACAAUAAGUUCCAUUGACAAUCAGGGACAUGCGGCACCAAUAAUCAUCAAAUAAUGUAUUUUUUCCCUUUUACAUUCCCUUUUUAUAUAUGUAAAUCCUGUAAAUAUAGUGUAUAUUUUUGAGUUUCGCUGAGUACCCUUAUAGCUGUGUGUCGCUUGUGCAAAACUAUUGUUUCUCUCUAGAAGCAUAAGAUUUUUUUUUUUUUUUUGCCACAUUGAGUAGAUUUGACAAUAAAUCAGUUUCCUUAUAAGAUUUGUAUAUAAAGGAUGUAAUCAGUGAUAUUGAAGAAAGUCUUUUCUGUAUAGUGUGUUGGUGACAGGUUAAGGUGAAUUUAGAUGGUUAUGCUUGUAAUUUAAUGCAGUGGAUCGGACAUCUCGAUGACUUUUCUUGAACCCCCUCCCCCAUAAAAGACACGUCACUAAAAUCUGCUUGAAAUUUUCCGGUUGUAAAUGGCCUUUGUAAAUCACUUUUAAGCACAAUGAUGACCUGAAUAAUUCUUGUACUUGCAAAAAAAAAAAAAAAAAAAAGAUGAAUCGACUUGAAUCGUUUAUGGAUGAUUUUGAGUUCAAUUAAGCAAAUAAAAAUGUGGUUGAGUUUUAUGAGUUAAAAUGGCAGCACUGUGUUUUUGUUUUUUGUUUUUUCUUCCCCCCUCCCAAUUUUUGGCCAUAAGUGUCCUUGUAUAAGCUAGUGAAAAUUACCAGUUCUGUAUGGAAAAACAUCUGGGUUAUGUCUUUCUAACUGAAAAAAAUAUAUAUAAAUAUAUAUAUAUAUAUACAGUAUACUAUUUUUGAACCAUGAAAUUUAAGGCACUGAUAUGUAUGGUACAUCAUAAGCACUCACUAUACCCUCAGUCGUCUCUGUAAAAGUGGUUUGUGUCAUCUUAUUUCAAUGUGAAUCUCAGCCUGACAUCUUCUCAUAACUUCACUGUGGGAAGGAGUCAAUGAAAAAGGUUUAUCUGCAUGGUCACAAAGUUGGAGCAAGCGAACCCGUUUGACGAAUGGCGUGAGGCUUUAAAUGUAGCGGAUUAAUUUCAAUUGAGUAAACCCAUAUUGUUAGAAUUCUGCAAUAUAUGAUGAUUUGUAAACAAUCUGAUUCAGUUGUUCUCUUGAUUGUUGUGUCAUGUCCACAUGAAUAAAAUGUUUCCCAAAAAAUA